AUGGGCUGCGCCAUCUCCGGAAUCCCGGACACCGACGACACGCUGUGUAAACGCCUCAAGUUUCUGGCCGACAACUUCCCAGACAGGGAACUCUUCAUCUUCUACGACCGCGGAGCUCGUGACGUGUACACAUCCAAAGAACUCUUCCAGUUGGGAGGGAAAUUUGCCGCCCUGCUCCGUCAGAAAGGUUUCCAACGUCAUGACAUGAUAGUGAACGUGCUGCCCAACUCUCCCGAGCGACUCAUCACAGAUGUGGGCAUCAUUCUGGCGGGCUGUGUCGCCAUGAACGGACAGUUGGUGAGAGCUGACGGAGCCGACUUGUUUGAGUCUGCCAAGAAAGCAAGAUGUCGGGCUGUUGUUGCCAAUCUACAAGACCCAGGCCCGUCUUCCAAUCUGUUCCUUCCCUACAGUGGAGAGAAAGACGGUUCUUCCAAACGGUUUUUAGAUUUGAAAAUUGAUUCCACCCCCGAACUGACAUCGGCUAUAAAUGUGUUCAGGACUGGAAGUGCAAAAACCCUGUUGGAAGAGCUGAGAGACAGUGAGCUUGACCCGCUGUUCGAACCCUGUGAUCCUGAUGACAUGGUUAAAGUGUUUACCACCUCUGGUAGCACUGGCUUCAGUAAGAUGGUACCCUGGACACAUCGUAGUCUCUUCAACCUCUGGCAGGCGUAUGUGGACUUUCUGGGGACGUAUGGGCCCGUCAGGGAGAUGGGGAAAGGUGGAUACUAUAACGACAGAGCGCUUGGUUGGACACUCGGAUUCCCUUAUGGAACCCUCAUGUACGGUUUGAAAAGAGUGCUUUUGGAUCUGUGGUUUGUGGACGCUCAAGUGAGAUCGGGAGCCGCCAUGUGGAACAUUAUCUCCAAAGAGCAAUGUCGCUCCUCCAGCAUCAUGCCUAUAGACAUGUACAACAUUCUGGAGCAUGUACAGGAGACGGGAGAUGACUCGUUCCGCAUGGACAUGUGCAUGAUCAGUGGACAGCCGCUCAGGAAGAAACUGUUCCUGGAAACGUUACGAAUCUCCAACACAGUGAGUGUAGUGUACGGCUGUACUGAAGUCGGGGCUAUUAGUGGGAGUAUCUUAUCAGAAGAACAGCUACAGAGCUUACAAGACUUCUACUGCGGCACAGUCCCUCCUUACUUGGACCUGCAAGUGUUGGACAAGGAUGGGACCCCGUGUGCCCCGGGAGAGAUGGGGACUCUAUGGGUUAAAGGUCUGACUGUGUUCCCCGGCUACUUGAACCAGCUGGAGGAGAAAGAUCCCGCGACGAUUGGGUCAUUGCAUGACGACGGCUGGUUCGACACCAAUGACAACGGUUACUAUGACGACAAGAAGAACCUGUACGUGAUUGGUCGAAAGAAUGACAUCAUCAUGUAUGGAGCUUUUGUUGUAUACCCGGGCUGGUUGGAGCAGAGGAUCGUCACACAUCCCAAAGUUCGGGAAGCCUGUGUGGUUCCUGUUCCUCAUCCGGUUCUGCAUCACGACAUCUGCGCAUGCGUACUAACCAACCCCGGAAGUGACCUCAGUGAGGAAGAGCUGACCAAGUUCUGUGACCAGAUGUUCCUGGACAAAAGUUCGGAAGAAUCCACGCCGAGGCCCAAGUAUUUCCUGAUCAUGGACAAGUACCCAACAACCAGCACAGGCAAAACAGACCGGAAAGAGCUGAAGCGUGUUGCUGCAGAGAAGUUUGGAAUCCAGUGAGGAGAGAUGGCGAACUUUUCCCUGAGACUUUGCUCAAUGUACAUAUAUGACGCAAAAAAUCACAUCUUAUCUGUUCCCGGUGUUAUUUUGCAUUUUGCCCACUGCAAAGAGUAACAUUACAUAAAUAUGUGUAAUUUUUUUUAAUCCAUUUUUAGACAAAUCAAGUGAAUAUUUUGUAAAUAAGGAAAAAGACACUCUCAAGAGAAGGAUUGAUAGUUGCGGGAUUUUAGGAAAUGAAGCCUUUCAGUUUAAGAAAAUUAUAUCAAGCACAAAAAAGUACUGCUGUGUUGUGAGGACGUGGAUGAUUUAUUGUCCAAUGAACAAAUGAUCUAUGAUUUGAUGGGUGUUCUAAACAUUUGUACCUAGUAUGCUCACUUCUGGUGCCCAGUACAGGCGUAGGUAUUUGUUUUGACUCGGACAAAGUGUUCUCAGCCUACGGGGAGACUCGUCAAAAAGCUGUCAAAUUAUUUAGGCUUAUACUUUCCCAGAAAGCUAUUUUUUUCAGGAGAGAGAAAUAACUUUUUACAUUUUUUUAACAAUGAAUAAUAACUACCUUAUAUGUAUCUUUACUUGGGGUUGUUUGUUGGGGGUUUUUUUCAACAUUUACAAUGACAAUUUUGACCAACAAAAUAUUUCUUUAGCACAUGCAAUGAAUUAACACCACAAACAGAUAGUGUGCAAUUUAAAAAACGAAAACAAAACAAAAACAAAACAAAA